CUCCACUCUGAGUGACAUCACUGGAGUUUCCCUUUUAGCAGCUAGAUGUAUAUAACAGCAACACUGAGAGAGUAUCAGUCAAUCAAUCAGCAGGACAGUCACAACCUACUACCUUCCAAACACAGGCAACCUCUAACACCAAACAGCUUAGCUACUGAAGUUAUUCUAACUUGACAAAGUUGUAUACCUAUCGCAAAGAGCUUGAUUGACAUCGGAGCUCCCAGGCUCCUCUCGGACACUGCCUUGGAUAAGGACUUUAACGGAAGGUUUCUGCUAUACGAUGGAAGGCGAUUGCAGCAGAGUGUCGGUAGACAUGGAGAGUGGCCCUGUGUACCCGUCAACGACUGUGACCCUGGUACGGGAGAAGUCCACAAACGCACACCGGUGGAGGCUGAGCGGUGCCCUGCUGGCCAUGGCUCUGUGUGUCUCAGCUGCACUUUUCAUUACCUGGCACGCCAAGAAACAAGAUCACGUCGAGGAAUCUGAUGAACUUCAGCAUACAUUGAGACAACUCUCUGGAAACAGGAAGGCUGCCAUUCAUUUAGAAGGUGAAUACAACGACAGUGGAAAAUACAAGAACACAGUGGAGUGGGCAGACGAUGUGGACCAGGGAUUCUCACAGGGAGGCCUUGAACUCAACAACAACGAGAUUGUGAUCCCCCAGGAUGGCCUAUACUUUGUCUAUAACCAGGCCUCUUUCCACGUCAGCUGCAAGGCCGACCCCAAGCACCCUAACGACCAGGAGAUGGUUCACCUGAGUAACACCGUCAAGCGCUGGUCCCCAAGCUACGGCAGCGAAGACAACAAGAAGUACCAGACGCUGCUCAACUCUGUACGCACCGUGUGUAAGAAGUCUUCCAACAGCGAGGCUGCGAGUGAAGGAAAGUGGUAUAAUGCAGUGUAUGUGGGAGCUGUGUUCAGUCUGAAGACAAGAGACAGGCUCCAGACAGUCAUAGAGAAAAGGCUUCUGCCCCAUCUGGGGAGUGGUGCUGGGAAGAACUUAUUUGGCGUGUUCGCCUUGUGAGACAGACAAAAUGGCUGAAGAUAGAGAGGAAGGUUACAUCCCAAAUGCCACCCUAUUCCCUAUACUUUACCUAUUGGUGCACUAUAUAGGGAAUAGGGUGCCAUUGGGAUGUAACCACAGUGUGAAGGAAAGCUUCAUACAGUUGGAGGGAUUGGGCAGCUAAAUCCAUGAAGAAUAAGAGGAUAAGGGGAAGGUUACCUGAUAGGAGUCAGGGCGUUUCAUCUACUGAAGUUGACUGAGGUUAAGGCAUUGUUGUUUUAUGUUAAAGCCAACGCUUUAUACUCUUCUGUCAAAUAUUAGGAGUUAUAGCCUGGGUACUAGUCUGUUUUUGCCAUCAUGCUAAUUCUUGCCACUCCUUUGCCAUGGCAAACAUUGGCUUGAAUGACAGCAUGACGUAGGUAAGAGCACAAGCAGAUCUGGAACCUGGCUAGAGGAAUUAUACCAACUUAUCUAAACUGUAGCAGUUUAUAUAUACUUGGGUGUUUAUUGUAUAACAGAUGUGUUACCAUGGUGUUACCAUGGCAAUAUAUUUCUAUGAUGUUUAAAGUACUAUGUGCUCAACUAGUGUUAACUCUCAGGACCUGAUGCUGAGCUACCAUCCACAGCACACAGACCAACCACACUGUAUCCUACUAUCUGAAGGAAUUCUGACAUACAGUAUGAUUACAUGUUUUUAAGAAUUUUGAAUGUACUUCUACAUCGGUCAAAUUUCUCAUAUUGUGAAG